AUGGUAAUUAGUACCAAGAAAUUGUUCAAAUUGACAAGAAAGUGGCAAAAUAAGGCUGCACCUAAGGGAAGAGUUACAUGGCCUAAAAGAGCAGUGGCUGAAAAAGGUCAUUUUGUCGCGUAUACUAUUGAUGGAAAACGGUUUAUGAUCCCCUUGUCAUAUCUGAAGAGCGAGGUGUUUAGAGAGCUAUUUCGGAUGGCAGAAGAAGAGUUUGGGGUGCCUAGUGAUGGACCCAUCACUCUACCUUGUGAUUCAGUUUUCAUGGAGUAUGCAAUGUUUAUUGUUAGAAACCAUGCAUUUGUUGAUCUUAAAGACGCGCUCCUUUCCUUAGCUGAUUUCUGCUGCUCAUCUUUGGGAUUAUAUCAAGGAUCAUAA